GACAAUUGCUCCGCCCGCGUUCAUCCUCUCUCCCUCUCGCGGUCCCCUACCAUCGUCAUCAUGGCUGAGCAGCUGGUCCUUCGCGGUACCCUCGAGGGUCACAAUGGCUGGGUUACUUCCCUGGCUACCUCUUUGGAGAACCCCAACAUGCUGCUCUCUGGCAGUCGCGAUAAGACCCUGAUCAUCUGGAACCUUACCCGCGACGAGCAGGCCUACGGUUACCCCAAGCGCAGCCUCGAGGGUCACUCUCACAUCGUCUCUGACUGUGUGAUCUCCUCCGACGGUGCCUACGCUCUGUCCGCCUCUUGGGACAAGUCUCUCCGCCUCUGGGAGCUCGCUACCGGCGAGACCACCCGUACCUUCGUUGGCCACACCAACGACGUCCUCUCCGUCUCCUUCUCCGCCGACAACCGCCAGAUUGUCUCCGCUUCCCGUGACCGCAGCAUCAAGCUCUGGAACACCCUCGGUGACUGCAAGUUCACCAUCACCGACAAGGGCCACACCGACUGGGUCUCCUGCGUCCGCUUCAGCCCCAACCCCCAGAACCCUGUCAUCGUCUCCGCUGGCUGGGACAAGCUCGUCAAGGUUUGGGAGCUCGCCUCCUGCCGCCUCCAGACCGAUCACAUCGGUCACUCCGGCUACAUCAACACCGUCACCAUCUCCCCCGAUGGCUCCCUCUGCGCCUCCGGUGGCAAGGACGGUACCACCAUGCUCUGGGAUCUCAACGAGUCCAAGCACCUCUACUCCCUCCACGCCGGCGAUGAGAUCCACGCUCUCGUCUUCUCCCCCAACCGCUACUGGCUCUGCGCUGCCACCGCCAGCAGCAUCACCAUCUUCGACCUCGAGAAGAAGAGCAAGGUUGAUGAGCUCAAGCCCGAGUACAUCGAGAAGGGCAAGAAGAGCCGCGAGCCCGAGUGUGUCAGCUUGGCCUGGAGCGCUGACGGCCAGACUCUCUUCGCUGGUUACACUGACAACAAGAUCCGUGCCUGGGGUGUCAUGUCGAGGGCAUAAAUGAUGAAUACCCAUCGGUGAGGGACAUGAGAGGAAGAUAACUAUUUUGUUUUUUAUUUUUCCUUAACAAAAAAGGGCAGGCAUUGGUUGGGAUGUAUGAGCCACGAGCAAUGAAGCACUUCGGUGUUCCUUAACCGGACCCGAGGUUUUUCUAAACAUGUCUAGCUUACUCGAUUCAUAAAAUCCGACUGUCUGGGAUCUUGUAAAGGAAGACAUGCCAUGUUCUAAUACAAAGACAAAAAAUACCUUAAAACGCA